CGAGCCCCCACCCGUUCAGAACACUCUUUGACUUUCCUCUUCCGAUUUCCCCGGGCUUCUCUCUAGGCUUUGCUUGAAGCUAGGUCGAACGUGUGCUUCUUUCGGGCUUCUAGCAACGGAGCCGGACAGAUCCGCCUCCUUGGAAUUCGGCCCGACCGUCAAGCCCGGAACUCCCAAUCCCAGCUUCCCUAUCCGUUAUCCCUUGUUUCAACAAUCGAUGCGACCGCAUCUUAUAUGUAUGCUCCCUGGCUUAUGCGUACCUGAGAUACUGCUAUAAUUACGUGCCCUAUGUCGGCUAAACGCCUCGCCUGGCGCUUUCCUAGUGCUUGGAGACGUACUUUUUCCACCUCACCUUCGUGGAGGAAGCCCGCUUCCGGGAAUGGAGCCGAUGCCGAACGGGGACGAUCUAGUACGGCGUUUCGGUAUCCAGGAUGGACCGGCCGUUCAGUUUUUGCCCUGACCGCUACCGCGGGUGUGCUGGGCUUUGGUCUCGCCGCGGCCUCACUGCAGGGACCUCCCAAAAGCGCCGUCACACUUUUUGAUAGCAAGGUGCCAGUUCCCAAGUACGCAUCGUUAAAAGGGAUGGAGGACGCCGUUGACGAAAUUCGGCGUGAGAUUGCCAAUCACGGUGAAAAGGAGGACAUAAUCAGCAUAGACCCAGAAGAUCUCCUCUCUCAUGGUUAUUCUGAAUGGUCGACAACAAAUCCAGAUACGUUGCCGGUUGCCGUUGCUUACCCGCGCUCGACAGAACAGGUGUCGAUCAUUGCACGACUCUGCUAUAAGCAUCGAGUGCCUAUCAUCCCUUACUCGGGGGGGACGAGUUUGGAGGGAAACUUCUCGGCUCCUUACGGUGGCGUCAGCGUCGACUUCGCGUACAUGGACAAGAUCGUCCAGUUCAACAAAGAGGAUAUGGACAUCGUCGUUCAGCCGAGCAUCGGCUGGCAGGAUCUCAACGAGCGGCUCAGCAACAUGGGCAGCGGCCUCUUCUUCCCCAUCGACCCCGGCCCGAGCGCCAAGAUCGGCGGCAUGGUUGGCACUAACUGCUCUGGCACGAAUGCUGUCAAGUACGGGACAAUGAAAGACUGGGUCAUCAACUUAACGGUCGUAUUAGCAGAUGGGACAAUUAUAAAAACGCGAAGGCGCCCAAGGAAGAGCUCAGCGGGAUAUAAUCUUAAUGGCUUAUUCGUCGGCUCUGAGGGGACCUUGGGUUUAGUUACCGAGGCCACCCUCAAGCUUGCCGUCGUCCCCGAGGAAUACUCUGUAGCGGUAGUGACUUUCCCCACCAUCCGCGACGCCGCCUCAGCUGCUGCCGGCGUAAUGCAGGCGGGGAUACCCGUUGCCGCUAUGGAGAUCAUGGAUGAGGUUCAGAUGCGGGUUGUAAAUCUAGGGGGCGCCACUGCCCCGCGGGUAUGGAAGGAAAUGCCGACACUUUUCUUUAAGUUUGCGGGGACCAAGGCGAGUGUCAAAGAGAACAUCGAGCGCGUUCAGGUAAUUACGAGGAGUAACAAAGGCAACAACUUCGAGUUUGCCAAGGAUCUUCGUGAGCAGAAACUUCUGUGGUCGGCAAGAAAAGAGUCUCUAUGGUCGAUGUUGGCUUUGAGGAAAGGAAACGAAGAAGUUUGGUCCACGGAUGUAGCCGUCCCAUUCAGCCGGCUCGCCGAUAUAAUAGAGGUGAGUAAGAAAGAAAUGGACGACCUGGGCUUGUUUGCCAGCAUUUUGGGUCACAUCGGCGACGGGAAUUUCCAUGAGAGCAUUAUGUACAACCGAGAGGAUAAGGAUAAGGUCGAGGCGUGCGUCAAAAACAUGGUCAAGAGGGCGAUCGAUAUGGAGGGUACGUGUACGGGCGAACACUCGAUCGGCUGGGGCAAGAAGGAGUCGCUACUCCUCGAGGUCGGUCCGGACACGGUAGCCGUCAUGAAGCAUAUCAAGCUGGCGCUUGAUCCGCUAUGGAUCAUGAACCCCGGCAAGAUCAUGGAUCUUCCGGCAUCUUGAUCGCAUUCUCUAGACGCCCCUCUCCCCCCUUUGCCCUUACUAUAAGGCGGUAUGAUAUAGGUUUCGCAUCGGUCUACAACUUUGUUGCCCUAGAGUAAUUUCUAGG